AUGCCUAAUCUUAAUCCUUCUGCUCUGAUAGGAAGGCCAGGGAUAUGUGACCUAGCUUUGUCCGUGCAUGGUUUUGUACCUACUCAGACAGCUAGCGAGGUGGCUGUCUGUAGCAUUGAUCCGGUGGAGACUAUUGAGGUGGCUGGUAAAGGAAAACGGCUAUUGGCCCAUUGUCCUAGGUUGGAGGAGUCUAGACCGGAACUUCAUGUAGAACCCCAACGUCGUCGGCCUGAUCGCGAGAGAAAAGCUAUUUAUAGGUUGUUGUGCCUUAUGGAAAAGGAGGAAAAGGUGGUGCGAUUACAACCUGGACAAGCAUGGACUAUUAAUGAGGUUGUCUUAGUGGCGAAGAAAGGUGCAGAGUCGUGGAAAUGCUUGCCUGGUAUUUUGGAUAGAGAAGAUGAUGAGCAAUUGUUGGCUCAUUUCAGGGUUACUUUAGACCUGCGCUUUACGAAUAAGAUCGGUGCGACUACGCCUACUUUGGAGACCGAAAAUGAAAGUAAGCUCUCUCAGUAUGGCGUUCAUGAUCUGAUUGGAUCUCUUCCUAGUCAUCAUGGUGCCUUCUUUGGUCGUAUUGAUUUGCGGGAUGCAUUUCAUGGGGUAUAUAUUUCCAAGAAGAUGCAACAACAUAUGGCUACCCGAGUGCUCAAUGACCAAGGUGUUGAGGUGAUUUUUGCUUGGAAUAGAUUGCCUAUGGGCUAUAAGCAAUCUUCAGGAUUGUUUGGCCGCUCGGUGGAAUUGAUGCUUAUUGAAGCUCGUGAGGCUUUGAGGAAGCUAAAUAUUGACUGUAGUCUUCGUAGCCUUCAAGAUGAUUGUAUAGUAGCCGGACCUACGGCAUCGGCCGUUAAUGAAGCUUUGGAUGUUCUCAUACGAGUAGUACGAAGCUAUGGUUUUGAAUGUCGGAAUUCCAAGGUUCAGCGGGCUACUGAUCAUUUGGUUUUCUGUGGCCAUCAGAUUUCUGGGCGUGAGAGUGGGCUGCCUCUGCUUACUCCCUGUCCACAGCGACGAGAUUUAUCUUCAGCUGGUUUCGAAGCUGAAUGGGAGAUCUUCAUCAAGAAGUGUAAGUCCUCAUCUGCUAAGCUCAAGUUCUUGAGAAAGUGGGCUGGUGUAUUCCAGUGGUUCAGUCAUUGGUUGGGUGGCUUGGAACAAGAUGCUCUCCGCUGUCUCAAUAAGGCUGUGAAGUGUCUGCAGAAUAAUGAUGCUGUGGACGAUGAGCAGUGGGAAAAGGUGUCUGUUGCUUGGCAUACGUUGGCUCAGAGUUUUAUGAGUGGCUUAGCAUCUUUGUAUUUGGGUCAUUGUAUUGCUACGUUGAUUGUUACUGACUCUAAUGUAGAAUCAUGGUAUGGCGCUAUUUUGGGAGUGGUGACUUUGGACUCUGAUAAUGCUUGUCCAGCUCUGUUUCCGGAACUUGAGGAACGACUUUAUGAUAUAAGUCCUUGUGAUGAUCUUUUUCCUAUGCCUCCUACUGGGAAAAUCUUUAGAGUUCUUCCAGUUCGGCUUUGUGGUGGAGUAUGGAAGAAGAGGGAGCAACUGAGAAGUUCGACGUGGAGAGAACGAGGAGCUCAGCUGCAGUGUGUAUCUGAGAACCUUGAUGCUCUGCGUGGAGACCAUGUUAUUAGUUUGAAUGAUAAUGCUAAUCUUUGUAAGACUUGGCGAGAUGUUCAGGGUGACUUUGGCUAUGCUUCUGAACCGUAUGCUGGCGUGUGGAUUAAGCGUUGGGAGCUUUUCGAAGCUUAUGUUGAUAAAUGUGUAUGGUUGCCUCGUGAGGUGGAUGCUCUUUGUUGGACAGAUAUGUCUGCCCGAAAGUUGGCUGCUGGUGAUUCUGCUGAUGGUAUGAUCGGUGAGGUGGAGAUUGCGCCUGUUGAUGUCAACAAUUCCUCCGGACAACUAAAUGUGGAUGAUAUGACGAAAGAAGAAGUGAAUGAUAUCUAUGGCUGCUCAGUUGUUUCUGACGACAAAAUGCAUUCUAUUUUGGUGACCUUCUCAGGCCAACCCAGUUAUGAAGAUGCCCUGUCGUGGUUGUCAUCGAAGCAAAAGGAAGACGAGCAGUUGGCCAAAAUCCGUGUUUCCUGUGAGAAGGAACACAAAGAAAGUCGAGAGUUCUUGGUGGAGAAGGACUGCUUAUUUCAUCUAGGUCGAUGGCGAGCCGAUGAACCUGUUAUCAAACAAGCUGUGUUGCCUGAUUGUGGUGGUCUUCGUUCUACUAUUCUGGGGGAGUUUCAUGAAUAUGGAAUUCAUGGCUCUGCACAGUUGCUGUCCGGUAUGGUACAACAAGCUUAUUGGUGGCCGACAUUGCGCAAAGACUGCAAGGUCUUUGUAAGAAAAUGUGAAGUGUGUCAGCGCUCCACCAAAUGUGCGUCAGAUAUCUGUAUCUCAAGGUCUGGGCAGCGUUUGCAAGUUCCACUUCCAUGGUAUUCGGUUGGAUCGGACGUCUUUAUGCUUGGUAGGGAACUCGAAGCCGAGUUUAAUCUGCAUUGGACGGCAAUGCUAACUAUAACAUGUGCUUUUACUGGAUUCACCGUGCUGGUUCCUCUUCCUCAGCCUGUGGAUUCUGCUUGCAUUAUCAACGCUUAUCUCUAUGCUUUCAGUCUCUAUGGCUAUCCGCGGCAUUUAAGAUGUGAUGGAGGAGCAAAUCUGGUAUCACAGGACGUGAAUUCUUGGCUCUUAGCUCAUGGAGUGAGUAGUACGGUGGCCGUUGGUUAUUCACCAUGGACUGGUGGGUAUUACGAGCGAAGACAUAGGGAUCUGGCUGCGACUCUGAGAAAGUUUCUGCUUGAUUUAAAGUAUGGAACUGGUGCUAUGUAUGUGAAUUCCCCGUAUGCUUUAGCUGCUAUGUUGCAGGGUCAGCUCAACAGUUAUGGCAUAGAUUGGCGUGGUGCUCGUGAUACGACUUCCCAGAUGCUUAUGACCGGUACUAUCCCUAGACCGCCUGCUUCUCUUGAUGACAUUGCUCCAAGAGAUAAUUGGUCUUCACAAGGCAUCUUUGGCGAGAUCAAUCUGAAGGAAGCCUCUGGUGAAGAUGUAGCUCUUCGAGAAGCUAAGUUGGUUGAAGUGUUGCGUAAACGUGCUACUGAUAUUCGUAAAAGGAGAGAUGAAUGCCUUCGUGAUUUUAAUACGGUGUGGUUGGAGCGUCGUGAGGAGGCUAGGAAUCGCUUUGAUCAGACCCUUGCUAGAAAGCAAACUAAAGAGUUGCUCAAGAUUGGUGAUAAGGUUCUGUUAGCUGAACGGUUUCCUAGCAAGUUUGCCCCUCGUUGGUCUAAGCCACGUGAGGUUGUUGCUCUGCGAGGCCUAAGGUGUAUUGUGAAGAAUGAUGAUGGAACUCUUAGGGAGCUGCAUCUGCGUUACGUGAAGAAGUUUCAUAGUGGCGAAGAAGUCCAACCCGUUACGACUUCUAAAAGAGAUCGUCCUGAUGAUAUUGAAGAUCAUGAAGAUGGUGAUCAAGGUGAGGUUCAGCAAGAUGAUAAGAGUCCUGCAACCUCUAGCGCGGUGCGUACAAGACCAGUUCGUAAGUGUUCAAGAAUGACCAGUUAUGCGCAUCAACUGUAA